UGCGUUAGCGUGCAGAUGGAGUGUGCACGGUUGUGGAGAGGGUAGGAAAGGGAUGGGAUGAGUGUGAUCGAGAGGGAGGAAAGAGAAAAGGGCUGGGCGCGUUCAAGCGGGAUAAGGGCGCGCGCAGGACCACAGCACACCGGCCGGGUCAACGAGCUGCAAGGAUGGAGAUCCGACCAGAUAGGUUUAAGGCGGUGGCGGGAAAAACGCUUGGGAAAAUACACAGGCUGAUAGAGAAGAGGCAGCCCAAUGGAGAGACCAUUGAGCUGUCAGCAGAGGGUCGACCCGAGGUGGUGGUGGAGAAGGAGAUGCCGGUGGUGGACUGCACCUGCUUCGGCCUUCCUCGCCGCUACAUCAUCGCCAUCCUGUCGGGCCUGGGCUUCUGCAUCUCCUUUGGCAUCCGCUGCAACCUGGGCGUGGCCAUCGUCAGCAUGGUCAACGACCACACCGUCUUCAAGGGCAACAAGGAGGUCCUGGUGGUAAGUGCCGCUCAGUUCUCCUGGGACCCAGAGACGGUUGGCAUGAUCCAUGGCUCCUUCUUCUGGGGCUACAUCGUCACGCAGAUCCCCGGGGGGUUCAUCUGCCGGAAGUUUGCAGCCAACAGGGUGUUUGGCUUCGCCAUCGUAGCGACGUCCACCCUCAACAUGCUGAUCCCUUCUGCUGCACGCUGCCAUUACAGCUGUGUCAUCUUAGUCAGGAUAUGCCAGGGCCUGGUUGAGGGCGUAUCGUACCCGGCCUGCCACGGUAUUUGGGCCAAGUGGGCUCCGCCGUUGGAGCGGAGUCGCCUGGCAACAACAGCCUUCUGUGGGUCCUAUGCUGGGGCCGUGGUGGCCAUGCCACUAGCCGGCAUACUGGUGCAGUACACUGGCUGGCCGUCUGUUUUCUAUGUCUAUGGUAGCUUUGGGAUCUUCUGGUAUUUGUUCUGGAUCCUGGUGUCGUACGAGAGUCCGGCCAUUCACCCAACCAUCACAACAGAGGAGAGGGAGUACAUCGAAGAGGCCAUCGGCGAGUCCACUUCCUUCGCCAAUCCACUUCAGAAAUUCAAAACCCCAUGGAAGGCUUUCUUCACCUCCAUGCCGGUGUAUGCCAUCAUUGUGGCAAACUUCUGCAGGAGCUGGACGUUCUACCUCCUGCUCAUCAGCCAGCCUGCCUACUUUGAAGAGGUCUUUGGCUUUGAGAUUAGCAAGGUGGGCAUGGUGUCUGCCCUGCCCCACCUUGUAAUGACCAUUGUGGUGCCCAUUGGGGGCCAGCUGGCCGACUAUCUGAGGACUCACAACCUCAUGAGCACCACCAAUGUCAGGAAGAUGAUGAACUGUGGAGGAUUUGGGAUGGAGGCCACUCUUCUUCUCGUGGUUGGCUUCUCUCACACUAAGGGGGUCGCCAUCUCCUUCCUGGUGCUGGCAGUUGGUUUCAGUGGUUUUGCUAUCUCAGGCUUCAAUGUCAAUCACCUGGACAUCGCGCCGCGGUACGCUAGCAUCCUGAUGGGUAUCUCCAAUGGUGUGGGGACCUUAUCGGGGAUGGUGUGUCCCCUCAUCGUGGGCGCCAUGACUAAACACAAGACCCGUGAUGAGUGGCAGUACGUGUUCCUGAUAGCUGCACUCGUACACUAUGGAGGAGUCAUAUUCUAUGGAAUAUUUGCGUCCGGAGAGAAGCAACCUUGGGCAGACAUAGAAGACACCAGUGAGGAGAAGUGCGGCAUCAUCGACGAGGACGAGCUCGCGAAUGAGACGGAAGAGAUGUACCGCGGGGGCGGGCAGUAUGGAGCCAUGAGCCAACCGAUGAGCCAUGGACAAUUUGACAGCCAUACGAGCUGA